AUGACGCCACCGAAGCCGAGAAAGCAUCAGCACAAGCACAAGAAACGACGAGUCGUCAGUGGGGCGAUGAUGGAAGAGGGCAGGGUCCGACGGUCUGGGUUAAGGGGUGGCGGUCGCUGGAGCGAGGACAGUCUGGAAAAAGAAGACUACUACCACCGGCCGCGGCAAAAGAAGUCGCGAAAGAAGCUUUGGAUUCUGCUGGCAUGCAGUCUGGUGGUUCUCAUCAUCGUCAUCGUAGUGGCGGUGGUGGUGAGCAAAAAGAAAGCAGGCGAUGAUGAUUCCCAGGACUCCAGCCUGGGCGACAAGGACCGGAGCAAGAUCCCGACAAAGUGGCAGAACACGUACCUCGACCCGUGGACGUGGCAGACGACAACGGGCUUCAACGUGACCUUUACGGAGGAGAUGGUGGGCGAUCUCCCGGUCAUGGGACUCUUCACGUCGUGGGACGACUCGAACAAGGCAAACGACAAGGUGCCGGCACUGAACGAGAAAUGGGGGUCGUACGGCGAUAGACCGGCCCGGGGCGUCAACUUGGGCGGAUGGCUAUCGCUCGAACCGUUCAUCACACCAUCCCUGUUCAACUAUAACACCAACCUGGGCGUCAUCGACGAGUGGAAUCUGUGCAAGCAUCUGGGCGCCUCGGCAUCCAAAACGAUCGAGGCACACUACGCGUCGUUUGUCACGGAGGACACGUUCAAAGCAAUUGCGGCCGCGGGCAUGGACCAUGUGAGAAUCCCGUUCUCGUACUGGGCGGUGCAGGUCUACGACGGGGAUCCCUACAUCUUCCGGACGUCGUGGCGGUACCUGCUGCGCGGCAUCGAGUGGGCGCGCAAGUACGGGCUCCGCGUCAACCUCGACGUGCACGGCCUGCCGGGGAGCCAGAACGGCUGGAACCACAGCGGUCGCUGGGGCACCAUCGGGUGGCUCAACGGGACGGACGGGCAGCUCAACGGCAAGCGGUCGCUCGAGAUCCACGACCGGCUGUCCAAGUUCUUCGCGCAGGCGCGGUACAAGAACAUCGUGACGCACUACGGGCUGGUCAACGAGCCCAAGAUGACGUUCCUCAAGACGAGCGACGUGAUCCAGUGGACCAAGGACGCGCACGACAUUGUGCGCAAGAACGGGGUCAAGGCGCUGGUGGUGUUUGGGGACGGCUUCAUGGGGCUGGACAACUGGAAGGGCCUGCUGCCGGGGUACGACGACAUGGCGCUCGACGUGCACCAGUACGUCAUCUUCAACCAGGACCAGAUCGCCUUCACGCACCAGAAGAAGGUGCAGUACGCGUGCGAGGGGUGGACGCAGCAGGCGGAGCUGGCCAUGGACCCGGCGCGCGGGUACGGGGGGCCGACCAUCUUCGCCGAGUGGUCGCAGGCCGACACGGACUGCGCGCGGUACCUGACGGGCGUGGGCUGGGGCAGCCGGUGGGAGGGCACGUACGACACGGGCGACAAGGCGUCGUCGGUGCUGACGCCGAGCUGCCCGACCAAGGACAAGGCGUGCUCGUGCGCCAAGGCCAACGCCGACCCGGGCCAGUUCAGCGACGACUACAAGAAGUUCCUGCAGAUGUUCGCCGAGGCGCAGAUGCACAGCUUCGAGAAGGGCUGGGGCUGGUGGUACUGGACGUGGAAGACGGAGAGCGCGGCGCUGUGGAGCUACGAGGCCGGGCUCAAGGCCGGCAUCCUGCCCAAGAAGGCGUACGAGCGCGACUUUAACUGCGACGCCGACGUGCCCGACUUUUCGGGGCUGUCCGAGUCGUACUGA